AUGGAACGUGUAGUUCGUCGCGGUGAAUACAUCGGCAAGAACCUCCAUCCAUUCUUGAUUGCGAAAAUGUUUGACAUUUUCAAAGAAUACCACCUUAAGCUCAAGCAGGAUGAAAUGCCGCGGGUUCUUGAAAUGGCCAUCGAAUUCUGGGGUGAUGACGAUCGACUUACGAUGAUCAGACGACUGUUGGAGGGAAUGCUUCCUGAAGUAACUAUCUCUGUUGGUGCGGAAAAAUGGCCUAUCAAGGAGAUUAUGGACAAAAAGAAGGAGCAGUUCGAACGAAUCGGACACAUGAGCGAGACUCCGGCACAGAGACAAUUCCGCGUCUUCUUGUUGGACUCAGAACAAAGCGGCAGCAACGUUUUCUAUGUGAUGAAUGUUGCAAUUGAGAUUGGGGACACUGAAACAUUCCUCUACUUGGUUGACAGGAAGCACUGCCUUCAGUGGAUUAGUGGCUCGGAAAUUGCGGACCUCCUUUACAAAAUCGUUAUUAACUUUCGAGGGGCUAGCGAUUAUAAAGUUGAACGGCUUACAAUCAUGUUCGAGAAAAUCUUGGACAAAAAUUCUGCAUGGAAUUACAGAGGCGAACCUGAGGGCAAUCUUCUCGGCGCAUGCUUGAAAUACGCGCCCUACUGCAUCUUCAAGCGCGUCGUGGAUUUCUUUCCAACUGACCUUCUCCCCGAGCGAACACUUGACGGACACAAUUGGAGCUUCAAUGCCCUCAAUGAUCUCAAGGAUGAUGCGGACUUCCGUGUUGGCAAGAUCGAAGAGAAGCUUGAAUACAUUGUCCCUAAGAAUGUUUUCAAGCUGUUCAAAUUUUGGCCAUCCGAUUUUCAGCCAGCGAACAUGCUUGUCGACUUGGGCUUGUUCAACACCAUCAGGCUCGUGGCAGAGAAAUAUCCAAGUGUUCUCAUGCGGCGCGAUUCUGACAACGAGAAUGUUCUGCACCAUGCGGCUCACAAAAAGGACGAAAAUGCACUGAACGUUCUCGUCUCUCUCGAACCAAAACUAUGCGAAUAUAAGAAUGUCAAUGAUAAGUACCCACUUGACAUUUUGUCAGAAGAAGAACUGGACAAAAUUCAAGUUCGAACUUACAGAGCUUUGCAGGAGGGAAAAGAAUCGGGACAGAAGAAAGAACGGGAUACUGCGGGUUCGCCUCCUUCCGACGGUACUUUCCGCAGUGGUGACACCCACACCUCUAGCGCCACCCGAAGCUCAAGCGCUACCCGCAGCUCGAGCGCCACCCGUAGCUCGAGCUCCACCCGUAGCUCUAGCGCCAUGUCGAGCCCUGACAACGCUUCCGGCAAAGAUGAAAUUCUUUGGCGUGGGAGUGUUAGCUCCAGCUCUGGUGACAGUUCUUGCUCAGAUGCUGACCAAAGCUCAUCCUGCUCUGACACCCCUACACAACUGGAAGUGACUACUGCAACUGACAUUAAUGCUGGUCCUGGCGCCCCUGCUGGUCCAGACGUCAAUGCUGGUCCUAAUACCACUACCGCUGCUGAUGCGUCUUCCAGCCCAGAUGCCGCUCCCGCCCCUGUAGAAACCCCUGGCUCUGAUACCAAUAACGUUUCUGAAAAGUAA